AACAUUAAAAAUAGAAUGAAGUCUUUUACAUUAUUAUAUCUAUUUCUAUAAUUUCAUUAUUGUAAUAUGGAUUUUUUUUUGUAAAUCAAUAAAAAAUCAAUGCGUGAAUAAGAGGACGAGCGUCUUGGUUACACGAAUGGCGGCAUACACAUGUUGGCAAGAUGUGCUUGAGGAUAUUACAAACCGGUGUAGGAAAGCGAAAUCGCUCUUACGGUUUUCUAAAUUAAAGAAUCAUGAAGACAGGGUUGAAUUUUGCUUGAGAGAUGAUAUUAUUCGGAAUAAAGUGCAGCAAUGGCUGAAUAUAAUGUGCUCAUCCCGCCAUAAGAAGUACUGGGAGAAAGCUUCCGAGUUAAGAGCCGAAGGGAAUCUGUGUUUUCAAGAAAAAGAAUAUACAAAAGCUGUUGAGUUCUAUACACAGAGUAUUUUGGCUGCUCCUUUUCCAAAAAGUGAAGAAGCUAUUAAUCAUGUUGAAGAACUAGCCCUAGGCUAUGGGAACAGAUCUGCUGCUCUAUUUCAUCUACUCAAAAAUAAGGAAUGUUUAGAAGAUAUUGAAAGGGCAAUUGAAUUUGAUUAUCCUAGAGAUUUAAGGUUUAAAUUAUUGCAAAGGAAAGGGCAGUGUCUCAUGAAACUGAAUCAGCCAGCAUUAGCAGUUGAAGCUUUUGAAGAAUCUUUAAAGCUUUUGGAUGAAGCUCGAUUAGAUGUCCGAAGAAUAGCUCGUCAGAAGAAAGAAAUUGAAGCACUCAAAACUGCAGCUGAAGAAAUGAAGUUGCCUUCUCCUGGAGAAAAUAAUGUUGAGGAAUCCUUUAUCCUUCCCUUAAGUUAUGGAGCUCAUCCAGCUAUAGAUUGUGCUUCAGGUGCAAUUGAUAUUAAUCAUGAUAAACAGAAAGGGCGAUAUGUAGUGGCUAACAGGCCUUUAGUAGCUGGUGACACACUUUUUGUUGAAGAAGCAUAUGCUUCAGUGCUUCUUCCUGGGCAUUACAUCACACACUGCCAUCAUUGUUAUGCCAAAGCUCAAGCAGUUGUUCCUUGUCAUCAAUGUUCCCAAGUUCGCUAUUGUAGCCAAAGCUGUGUUGAUCAGUCAUGGGAAAAAUAUCACAAAUGGGAAUGUGGAAAUCUAGAUUUGCUUCACUCUGUUGGUAUUGCACACCUCAGCUGCAGGGUUUUGUUGGUGACUGGGCUAGAUCACCUUCAAGAAUUACGUGAGGAGUUGACCAAAUCAAUGAAUUCCGUAUACCCAUUUGAUUUCCCAGAUGGAAGGUAUCGAAGCAAUUACUUUUCUGUAUAUCAUUUAGUGACACAUGUAGAAGAUAUGAAUGUUGAAGAUACUUUUCAGUAUGCAUUAACUGCUUUGCUGUUACUGAUGCUGUUGGAUCGAUUAAAUUAUUUUGCAACUUUGGAAAGUCAGACUUUGAGGGAAAGGUUAAUUAGCUGUAACUUGAAUGCUAAAGUUGCAUCUGCUCCUUCCACACCUACUCACAAAUCUCGUAGUCCCGUCCAUUCACGCCUGUCUGUAAACUCUGUCGAAGAAAAUGAUAUGCCUUCAGGUCCUCCAACAAUGGAGCUAUUUAUUGGCGGUCUACUUCUUCGACAUAUUUUACAGCUUGUAUGCAAUGCCAGUGCAAUAACUGAAUUGCAAACAGUGCCACAACCUGGAGGCACAGGUUCAGUUCUCAAUCAGAGGCAAGCAAAAGUGGCCACGGGUAUUUUUCCAACAGCUAGUCUCAUGAACCAUUCGUGCAAUCCAACUGUUAUUUCCAGUUUUUAUAGGAAUGUGCUAAUAGUUCGUGCGAUUCGGGAUGUUGAAACAGGAGAAGAAAUUUACAAUUGUUAUGGUCCACAUUUUCGAAGAAUGCCUCGAGAUGACAGACAGAGAGCUCUUUUAGAGCAGUAUUUCUUUAUAUGUGAAUGUGAUGCUUGUGUUAAUGAAGAUGAGAGAGAACAAAGGUUCCAGGCCCUUAAAUGUUCAUUCUGCAAAGGUCCUCUACGAGCUCCUGAUAGUACAAACAGAGCAUCAUGCUUAGAUUGUGAUAAAAGUCAAGAUUGUGCUGCUCAGUUACAAAAAGUGUUUACUGCUCAUGAUUUGUUUGUCCAAGGAUUACAGCUUGCUGCCAAAGGAAGUUUCAAAGAUCAUAUUAUGUUUUUGAAAGAGGUGAAAGAGGAAUCUUCCUAUGAUGGAUAA